AAAUGUGAAUUAAGGAACGUUGCGUGGGUGUUUCUCUCUUUUUCUCCUUCCUUUCUUCUCUCUCUAUCUGUCAAAGGGGUAUUUAAAAAACUCUUCUCCUUUCUUUUUUUCACCUUCAUUUUCAUUCCUCCUUCUCCCACCUCCUCCCACUCACCCUUCUCCACUGUUCCUGAUAAACCUUUUUGAAAUCUCACAAAUUCCACGAAGAUCAAUAAAUCCUGAAUUUCAACCUCAAAUCUCUUUUCUGUGACUAUUGCUGAUCAGAUUUUCUGAUUUUCAUUUUUCAUAAUUCAUACAACAUUCUAAUGACUUAAUCAGGAUUUUCUUCGAUUUUUUCCUCCGAAUUUCUCAAGAUUAUUAAUUUGAAGAAAUCACGAGUAAUAAGAGGAGUUAAUGAUGAAUUCGCUAAUCUCGAAUUACGUAGAACAAACAGAAGAAGAUGCAUCAAGAGAGUCAUCAAAGAGGAGAAAGCGACGAAGAAUAGACACAACCGUCAAUCAAAAUCAAUCAGACAACAAUCGAAAUCAAAUUAGAUGGAGAUCACAAGCAGAACAACAAACCUAUUCAUCAAAGCUUCUAGAAGCUCUCCGACAAGUUUGCCGUCGUAAUCCUACUUCAGCACCGGUUUCUGGAAGCCGAACAGUUCGUGAGGCCGCCGAUAAAGCUUUAGCUAUUGCUGCUAAAGGUCGUACCCGAUGGAGCCGAGCAAUUUUAGCUAAUCGGCUUAAACGUCGGCUUGCAAACCAUAAAAAAGCUAAAGUUCGUCCAAGGCUACUGCUAUCAACAUCCAGUACCGGGAGUAGCCGGAUAAUUGGUGAAAAUAUUAAACCGCAGAAAUUACCGGCUCUUGAUAAACGUGUAAAGGUUCUUGCCCGGUUAGUUCCCGGUUGCCGGAAAUUGCCAUUCCCGAAUCUUCUGGAAGAAGCUACUGAUUAUAUUGCUGCUCUUCAAAUGCAAGUUAGAACCAUGGCAGCUCUUGAGGAACUUCUUAGCGGUUCAGCUUCCGGUUCGAGUUCCGGUUCAAUUGAUUCAUCUAGUAGGUGACUCGAAUCAUGGCUUAGCAACUUUUUUUAUUAUUUUAAAUUUUUGCCUUUAUUUUUUUCUUUUUAUUUUUGGAUAUUUAAUUGAAUGUAUUUUAUGUAUACAACUGGCUUUUUCAUUUUUUAUUUUGGAAUUAGUAGUUUUUUUUUUCUUUUACUUUUUAUAGCUCAUCCCAUGUCAAAUUUCAUCACUAAUGGUCGGCUAGUUUUUUUGUCCCUAAUACUUCUAUUUAAAAAAUAGAAAAUAUUUUUAAAAAUUAUUCUUACAAUUUUUGUGAGUUUGUUAUUGAUAAUUAUUUUAUUUAAUGGAAAUAUUAUUAUUAUUGGUAGAAAAUUUAGAUAAAGGAAUAUGUAGUAUACUACCUUUAUAUCAUAGUAGUAUUAUGAUUAUAAUUUUGAUUCAUUGGAUAGAAGUUCAAAAAAAAUUAAUUUGAAUAGUUUGAAAAAGAAGUCAUUAAAUGGCAUGAACAUGGCAACAAAUAAUGGAUCUUUGUAAUAAGGUGCUGGAAGGCGGUUGGAUACCCUUUAUUUAGGGGCAUAAAUGAUUAAUUGGAGUGUUUCUUCCAACCAUGUUAUUGGUUUUUUUUUGGUCCUAAAAUAGAUUAGUUUAUCAUUCUUGUUUGGAAAAAGUUCUAAAUACCCCAAAGCUAUAAACAAUAUACUCGUACUCGUACUCGUACUCGUACUCGUUCUCUCCCUUUUAAAGUUUACUACUUAAAUUAGAUUUUCUCUUAAUUUAAGGUCUUUUUCAGAAGUAAAAUUAACCAAGUUGUUUUUGUAUGAUUGCACCAUUAUUGAAUUUUUUGUAGUUCUAACUUCUGAGUGUAGUUAAGGGCGUAAUGUUA